CCGUGACCUGCCAAGCACUACUGACGAAGAUUUCAUCAGGCAGCAGUGGGAGAAGAGGCCGAUCUCUCUCACUGAAAUGAUCAUGCCGUCCGUCAUGGCCGGCCUCGUCUCCAUCUCCUCUCUAUCACACGGUGUCUAUAUAUAUAGAGGGCACGGCCGGCCUCUGCAAACGCGGUCGUCCCGGCACGUUGCAGAUAGAGAGAGGCAAUGAGGGAUCUGGAGGAGUUCCGGGGCUCGUCGGCGGGGCCGGCGCGCAAAAACGGCGGCGGCAGCGAGGGGUCGUCGACGGUGACCACGCCGUCGUGGUGGGCGGGGGACCCGGAGGCCAAGCGACGGCGGAGGGUGGCCGCCUACAAGGCCUACGCCGUGGAGGCCAGGGUCAAGGCCUCGCUCCGCCGCGGCUUCCGCUGGAUCAAGGACCGCUGCACCGGGAUCGUCCACCACCGCCGGUGACCCGCCGCCAACGACGUGCAUAUCAUAUCAUGGCGUGUGCUUUGACCGCCUCCUCGCCGCUCAUAAUUUUUCUGUUUUCUCCUCUCUUUUUUUCUUCUCUUCUUCAUGCAAAGUGACCUUCGUUUCUUAUUAAUUUUCUUCUUAUGGAUGGAUGCAAGCAACAUACAGACAAGAAAAUCAUUCAAAUAACUCGGUUUUCCCUCGACGAAA